UUCAGCGCACUUUCAUACACGGAAAAAUUAGCCAAUGUUGACAAAUUUUACCUUUUUGCAGCUGUAUAAAGGGGCGUUCUUAGUUCAAUUAAUUGACUCAACCUUAAAAACACCGAAAGGACUCUAUUGAAAGGGCUUAACAUGGCUAAAAGACAAGGAAAAAAAGAAAUUGCGGUGCGCGAGGAAGAAGAAAAGCAUACAGAACAGAUGAAAAUGGAAUUAGAGGAUGAAAUAUCUAAACUCCCUCCAGACAAUCCCUCAAAAUGCGAAGGUCUCAUCCGAAGGUUGUACCAAAAAAUUGACGAUCUUAAAAAGCAAGACGUCAAAAGUGAUCUCCUGAAUCAGCUACGAUCUGUCUCAUGCUAUGGAUUAGAUAAGGAGCUCAAAGACAUGAUGGAGAAAAAUGGUUUGGAGUUCGAAGGACUUGAACUCGUGGUACACUACCUAACAAACAAGACAGAACUUGCAAAAUACUUCCAUGUCAAUCCUCAAGAAGUUGUCGACAAAAAUGGCCUGAGUGUCAUUAAAAGACGACUGGGACCAAGUCUGGAAGUGCUUGGUGGCUUGAGCUCCAAAGGAAUUGAUGUUGAACAAGACUGGGUCAAGGGGUUGGUUAAAAGGGCUCCAUCUCUUCAAGCGCUCAGUCGUAUCUCCGCCAAAGACCUUGAUGAACUUAAAGCCAAUCCUGGUGAAAAGAACGAGGUUAACCGCUUGUUGAAAGCUGAAUUCAAAGACACCGAUUCUUCUGAAGCUGAAAAAGCUGGCACAGAGAAGAAAGCUAUAGAUGAAGAAAAGCUAGAAAAGGCUAAGGAGCUAAUGAAAGAGGCAAGUGAAAAGGCAAAAGAGGAGUCAGAAGAAGCAAAAAAAGCAGUAAAUGAGAAGAUGGCUGAAAUUGGAAAACUCCUUCAGCUGCCAGCUGAUUGGAACAAACAGGAGACUGGGAAAGGCCCUAAAGAACUGUUGGGUCAAUUGAAUGAUAUAAUUGAACAAUUCGACCUUGCCUUAGAAGUUAGCGAGAGUUACAAAAGCGAUCUUGAAAUAGUUCAGAAAGCCAGUGGAGGCCGAGCACUCUGUGGAAUCUAUCACUCAGAGUACGACCCGCCAAAAACGGCUGAGGGACCUCUCAUCCUCGUGCCCACAGAGGUAACACUUGGUAGUCCAAAUAACUCUCAGCAGAUCAAUUACCUGAAGUUCUCAGAGAGCAUGGCUGCCUCAAGAUACACUCAAGCCGUAAAAUCGUCAAGCACUAAUAUUGGGUUUAGUGUCGGUGGUUUCCUGGAACUUUUCGUUGGAGAAGCUCACGGUAGCUACGCCUCUAGCUCCGAAAGUCAAACGGCAAGCACAGUAAAGACAAAAACCAGUAGUGUCUCUGUUCUGCAAUAUGUUUGGAUUGCAACCAAGACGUUCAAAAUAGAGCAAGAGCAGAUGAGGCUGUCCAUGAGUGCAAGGAAGAUGGCAAGGUCCAUUAUGGACGCUACUGAAGAUAAGAGAGCUGAAGCAGCUCGUCGAUUCAUGAAUCGCUACGGAAGUCACUUUCCAGCCGGUCUGCACUCACUUGGCGGUGUCCUUUUUCGAAUUGUAGACGCAGAGAGCAGUGCGGAAAUAGAAACGUCUGUCUUCACAGAGAAAGCAGCGGAACAGCUUCAAGGGCAAAUAUCGGUUGGCUUCCUUGGAGCAGCAUUUGGAAUCGGAGCCAGCAUACGCGGUGGAUAUAGAAAAGCUAGUGGUGAGGUACACGCGGAGGAGAAGAAGGCUGAAGCUGCUUCUUAUAGGUUCUCCUUCCAGGCCAUGGGUCCAGCAGCCACAAACCCUACCACGUUCACUAAGUUACUUGCAAACAACUCUACCUGGGCUUUAAUUGAUCGUGGUAGUUCUCAGGCUUACAUACCAGUUUGGGAACUGUUAACAGACCUUGGUGACCCUGCCUUCGCAGCUGCAGCCGGAGUCCUAGAAAAAACUUGGACAAACGACGAGCUGAAAAAAAGUAAGAAGAUUGCUCGCGCUGAACACAAAAUAUACGAUCUCAUCAGGGGAGACCUAGGAGUGAUGACAGAUGGUUACAUAAACAAGAAACCAGAUCCAAAGGGUUACGGACACAGGCCAAAAAAUGCUGCUCAACUGACACUUGACUUCCCAACAAUCAACUUGUCGCGUGCAGAUGCCUACACCAAAGCUGUAGACAUCAUUAUGGAAGAUCCAAGGUACCGUAUUUGCGAAAUUGCUUGGUGUGUUGGAGAUUUGUACACAUUAUGUUGUUGGCAGGCCACGGAAAAGGCAGCAAUGACCUACGAACAACUCAGUGGAGAACAUGUCCUGAUCUACAGUAAAAUGAUAUUCCGGUGGAAAGAUGGAGUUCCAACUGUAGAUUAAAAGGUGUUCUUAUAAAAUUGAAGGUUAGAGUAAUCAGGCAGAUUGAUUGGUCGUAGUACUCUAAUCCUGAGUAAAUACGUGUAACGUAAGUCCACCCCUUUUUGAUCCUUCAUCAAAAUGGCGGCUAAAGUAGAAAUCUAUUUUAUGGAAAAUUAACCCCAUAGC